AUGAUGUGGGUUUUGCUUGGCUUUUUUGGCCAGAAUUUGGAUGGUAAUAUUUCUGCUGUGGUGGAGGUUGCUGUUGUGGUUGUUGUGGAGGUGGAGGGUUUUGUAAAAGAUUUCUACAAGUUAUCAUCUAGAAGAUCUUUGGAACUAGAAGUUAUCAUUUACAACAUGCCAAGAGUCCCUUUCCCACAGAGGUUAGCCCAGGCUAAGUUAGAGAAAAAGUACGGUAAAUUUCUAGACAUCCUUAAGAAACUUCACAUUAAUAUACCGUUCUUGGAUGCAAUUUCUGAAAUGCCUUCUUAUGCAAAGUUUUUGAAAGACAUGCUAUCUAACAAGAAGAAGCUUGCAGAGAAUGCUACUGUUUCUCUAACUGCAGAAUGUAGUGCCAUUCUGCAAAACACUCUUCCUAAGAAACUAGGUGAUCCAGGCAGCUAUUCAAUCCCAGUGAAGCUCGGAGAUAUAGAGAUCAAUAGAGCGCUAUGCGAUCUUGGUGCAAGUGUAAGCCUUAUGCCGCUCUCCAUCUGCGAAAAGCUUCAAAUGGGUGAGCUAAAGCCUACAAGGAUAUCUCUGCAACUUGCAGACAGGUCAGUUAAAUUUCCCCUCGGUAUACUUGAAGAUGUUCCAUUGCGAGUUGGUAAAUUCUUUAUUCCAUGUGAUUUUGUUGUUAUGGAAAUGGAAGAAGAUGCCCAUGUCCCUAUUAUUCUUGGUAGACCAUUCUUAGCUACUGCAGGUGCAAUUAUUGACAUGAAGAAUGGGAAAAUAACAUUUGAAGUAGGGGAUGAGAAAAUG